CAUUAUACUGGCGGGCAGCAUAUCCUCAGUUGUGCUCCUACCCUAAGGAUAUAUAGUGGCACCAGGAGCUCUCCGGUGCACAAGAGAUUUGGGUUUCUUCUCCUUUUGGAUGCCGGUUUGAGCUUGCAAGAUGGACAUAAGAGUGGCGAGCAUCUUCCUUCUCAUCGUGGCCUCUGCAGCAGCCACUGGAAAGGGCUAUGUAGUGAAGAAAGUGGUGCCCAUGAAUGUUAAGAGCCACAUGGUAUCAGUGGCAGGUGAGCCUGGUCCUCCAGGUGAGCCUGGCCCAGAGGGACCUCAAGGCCCACCUGGGCCCCCAGGUCAGGAUGGAGUAGGUCUGCCUGGACCUCAAGGACCCAGUGGACCUCCCGGACACCCUGGCCGCUCCAUUGCUGGCAAACCUGGAACUCCAGGUGGACCUGGAAAACCUGGUAUCCCUGGAGCACCUGGUGAGAGAGGAGACACUGGAGCCACUGGCACUCAGGGACCAAGGGGAGUUCCUGGCUCUCCUGGAUCCCCAGGACCUACUGGUCUGUCUGCAACUGGCAAACCGGGACCUGCUGGUCUUCCUGGAGCAAUGGGACCCAGAGGAGAGCCCGGUCUGAAAGGACAUCCAGGUGUGCCUGGACUUCCUGGGUCCAAGGGUGAUAGAGGGAUUGGAGCUCCAGGACCUCAAGGCGAGACAGGACCUCAGGGACAUAUGGGUCCAACUGGAGCCCCAGGUGCACCUGGAAUUGGAAGACCAGGCAAACCAGGUGCUAAUGGUGAGCCAGGAAAGUCAGGUAGCCCAGGUAGAGAUGGUGAAUCUGGUCCCAUGGGACCUCAGGGACCUAAGGGACAUACUGGUGCCCCAGGUGUUGGUCUUCCAGGUAAACCAGGUGAGAAUGGUGCCCCAGGUUUGCCUGGUCCUGCUGGCCAAAAAGGUCAUCAGGGACCUAGUGGAGCCCCUGGUGCCCCAGGAGUCCCAGGAUAUGGAAAGCCAGGUGUAAAUGGGGAGAAAGGAGAGAGAGGAGCCCCAGGAAGUCCAGGUGCCACAGGUGCAAAGGGAGAGCAAGGCCCAACAGGUUAUACUGGUGCUCCUGGUGCAACUGGCUCAAUGGGUUCAGUUGGACCUCAAGGUGAAAGAGGUUUCCCUGGAUCCACUGGCCCUGUUGGCCCUAAAGGUGACAUAGGUGCAACUGGACCUCAGGGACUUAAGGGACACAAGGGCGAUCAGGGAGCACAGGGUUUCCAAGGUAAGCAGGGUUAUCCAGGGGCAGCUGGUCCUCCUGGUCCCAGGGGGGGCACUGGACCUUCAGGUGACAAAGGUGAACUUGGUGCCCCAGGUAUCCCAGGUGCUCCAGGUAUUCCAGGGCCUGCUGGACCCAAAGGACACACUGGUUGUCCUGGUGAGCCAGGUACCUCUGGAUCUGAUGGAGCUCCCGGUCCCAGAGGACCUUCUGGACCACAAGGACCUGCUGGUAACCCUGGGCUUAAGGGACACCCAGGUCUCCCUGGACCUCCUGGCCCUGCUGGUGUGACUGCAAAGGGUGUUUCUGGACCUCAGGGUCCCCCUGGUCAACCUGGUGAGCCCGGAGCUGAUGGUGAACCUGGUCCAGCUGGCCCCCCUGGUGCCCCUGGACCUCCUGGUGAGGUUGUCUUUGAGAAAGGCAUGGGAGUGGGUGAGAUCAUGGUCAAGGCCCCCAUGUCGGCUUUCACUGCAGCUCUGGCCACUCCCUACCCUGCUGUUGGCAGCCCCAUCAAGUUUGACCAGAUUGUUUACAAUGCAGAGAAUCACUAUGACGCUGAGUCAGGGAUCUUCACCUGCCAAGUUCCUGGAGUUUACUACUUCUCCUACAGCAUCCAUGUUAAUGGAGCUCAUGCCCUUGUGGCUCUGUACAAGAAUGGUCAGCCAAUUAUGUUUACCUAUGAUGAGUAUAACAAGGGUUUCCUGGACCAAAUGUCUGGUAGCGCUGUCCUCUUGCUUGAUGAGCAGGACACUGUCUACGUCCAGAUCCCCGACGAGGAGGCCAACGGUGUCUUUGCUGCCGAGAAUGUCCACUGCUCUUUCUCUGGAUUCCUCAUUGCUUCGACGUGAUACGUCGGUGCAGAAGUUUCCAAAAGCCUACCAACUAAUUUUGCAACCUAUUUCUCAAAGUAAAACUCCCUGUUCAUUUUACACAACCCAACCGACAGGCAGUUCAACCUUCUUGAGGAAUAGUAGCAUCUUAACUUGAAAACUACAAGAAAUGGGUGCUUAAAAGAAGGAAAACUAAUUUAUGAAAACGGUUGAUUUAAGGAGGGAGAAAGCAAUCCACAAUGUUCCAGUGAUGUUUUGUAAUGUAAACAGCAUGUGAAAUCGAGGUGUUAUAACUGUGUUGUGUCUGAACGUUUUCUUUUACACACUGCUCCUUUUAUACUGACCUAAACUGGUGUCUUUAAACUUAGUGUCUGUCUUUUUUGUUUUUGUACAAUCUUGAUUUUUUUUUUUUUCUUUUUCUUGGGUGUGGAAGGGAACAACGAUCUUAUAAAAGUACAUUAAUUCUUCUCUGUGCAACAUGUUUGCGACUAAAUGUGACUUGAAUAUAUUGUGAAAGAUAGUGAUCAAAUUGACUUUUUUCUUUCAAAACACAAAUUGUUUUAACAGCAACAUUGUUAUAACCCUUGGCAUGCAUUGUGUCAUGUAAAACAUAGAGACCAAAAUAAAUAACAUCUUAAUGAA